CGCGCGCCAUCUAGCAUAGCGGGAGUAAAAAUUUAGCCGCGUACACCGACACACAAUACAUACGUAAAAAUAUCCCCUCUAUAAUACUACCACUAGAACCCGCGACGCGUGCAUCCAUAACUUCGACGUUUACUUGCAAUGAUAUAACCUCACAUUUUGUUCACACUCAUUAAACGCUAAUUUUAAUUAAUAAAUUAUACUCAUAGAGUUGUAAUCAAUAAAGUGUAGUGAAAGUAAAGUAAAGUAUAAGAAGCAAAAAAAUGCAUGAAUCGUCCGACGAGUCUAGUGAUGAAGAAGAGGUCACUAAGAAUUUUGAUGCGGAAACACAAUUAAUUGUGCAGAAUGAUACUCUACCAAAGAAAUCUGCCGACAAAUAUAUGUUGGUUUAUAAUAAUUAUAUGAACUGGAAACAAGAAAAUAAGGAUUCGUUAUCUGGGUCGGAGGAAAAUAAUUUAAUUGUUUAUUUUAAAAGUUUAUCCUCAAAACUAUGCCCAGCUACAUUGUGGAGUAUCCAUUCCAUGUUAAAAUCAACACUGAAUGCAAAUAAUAAUAUUGACAUAAGUAAAUUUUACAAAUUAAAAGGACUUAUUAAAAAUAAUGCAAAAGGUCAUAAGUCGAAAAAAUCUGCUGUUUUAACGUGGGACCAGGCAAUCAGCUUCAUAAAUAAUGCCCCAGACAACACACAUUUAGCCCAUAAAGUUGUCUUAAUUUUUGGCAUUUGUGGAGCUACGAGAUGCGAGGAAUUGAAAGAGCUUGGAGUUUCUGACGUCGAAGAUAUUAAUGGAAAUUACCUUGUUUCCAUAAAUGAUUCCAAAAAUGGUCUUCCUCGUAAAUUUUUAGUCGGACCACCUUUUUAUGAACAAGUAAAAAGUUAUAUUUCAUUUAGGCCUGAAGAUUUUGAUUCAGGGAGAUUUUUUGUGCAAUUCUUAAAAGGCAAAUGUACUCGACAACCGAUAGGGAAAAAUAAAAUAGGUCAAAUUCCGAGAAUUAUCGCUGAGUUCCUGAAAUUGGCUUAUCCAGAACGUUACACUGGACACUGCUUACGCAGGACAUCAGCGACAUUGCUAUCAAAUUCUGGUGCUAGUAUUACAAUGUUGAAACAAUUGGGAGGAUGGAAAUCGGCAAAUAUCGCAGAAGGUUAUAUUGAAAACUCCUUGCUUAAUAGACAAAAAAUCUUUAAUAAGAUUACUCAUGCAGCUCAAGUUGUUCCUCCGUCAGAUGAAAAUCUUCAACAAUUUACAAGUAAAACUAAUCCAGCUAAUUCUGAAACUUUAAUUCAAAAUGAUCAAUCUGUAUCAACAGAAACUAAUGAUGAAGAUUGUUUUGAAGAUAUUGUUUUGGAUGAUGCCACUUUGACGGCAAUUGAUAACUCGUUUAUAUCAGAAAACCCAGUAUCAUCACCACCUUCCUUCACUACAGCCAAUAAUGAGAAAAUAAUAAUAAAUUCUGACCCUAGAACAGAUCGACCUUGCCACUUUUUGAAAAAACCACCAAUCUCGGUUUUUUCUAACGGAAAAGAAAAUCAACCUCCAGAAAAGAAGAUUAAGCUUCAGCAAUUGCAUAAUGCAAACAGUGAUGUAAAAUCGACAUCAGCAUUUAAUAAUUUAAUAGUAAAUAAACGAAAACUUGAGUCUAAGACUAGUGAAAAUAAAGUCGAACAAGAAACAUCAGAAACUAAAUCAAGAAAUUUUGAUGAACCAGCGUCUGCACUUACGGAAACGUUUUCAAGCAAGACUCCUAAUGUGAUGUACGAGAGCUGUGUAUUUCACGGAAAUAUAAUCAAUAAUUUUUAUUCAUCUAAUAAGCAAAAUCCAGAGCCAAAUGAAUAAUACAGUAAAAUAUUUACGAUCUAAAAGAUUUAAAAUUAUAAUAUUACUGUUAGGCAAUAAUCGAUGAAUGUUCAAAUUAAUAAUUAUUUUUAAAAAAUAACUAUUAUUAUAUAAACUAUAAUAGAAUAAUAGAGUAAUAGAUAGAGUAACCUCGGCUGUUAUGAAGUAAUAUUCAUGGUUGUGAUGAAAAUAAAAAGUCAAUAUAUUAUAACAGUAAGUUUAGUUGAAUGCAUACAAUAUAUAUUCAUGUCGAUAAUUACUUUUA